ACCACCUUGCGUGAUGGCACAGGAAACCCAGAGGAGCACAGGUCUAGGAGGUCUCUGAGGUGCUGAGCCACCCCUCUUGCCUUCUCCUCAGAGGCCGUGUGUCUCGAAGGAAGAAACACUAGCAGCUCUGACCUGGGCAGACCUUCAGGGAAGAUGUGGCCACUCCUGCUCUUAUUGGCCUUUCUUCUGCCCCCCGAGGCUGGGACAGAGGACAUCAUCGGGGGACACGAGGCCAAGCCACACUCCCGCCCCUACAUGGCGUUGGUUCAGUUUGUGGUUAAUGAGAGAAAGAUGAGGUGUGGCGGUGUCCUCCUGCGAAAGGACUUUGUUCUGACAGCUGCUCACUGCUGCGGAAGCUCAAUCAACGUGACCCUGGGGGCCCACAACAUCCAGGAGCAGGAGAGGACCCAGCAGGUCAUCCCCGUGAGAAGAGCCAUCUGCCACCCAGACUAUAAGAACUUCUCCAAUGACAUCAUGUUACUAAAGCUGGAGAGAAAGGCCAAGCAGACUACAGCUGUGAGGCCCCUCAGCCUGCCUGGGGGCAAGGCCCAGGUGAGGCCUGGACAAGUGUGCAGUGUGGCCGGCUGGGGGAGAGUCUCAAUGAAUACUUUAGCAACCACUCUGCAGGAGGUGGAGCUGACCCUGCAGCAGGAUCGCGAGUGUGAGUCCUGCUUCCCCCGCUAUUACAGAGGGGCCUCCCAGAUCUGUGUAGGUGACCCGAAGAAGAAGAAGAGCAGCUUCAAGGGGGACUCCGGUGGCCCCCUCGUCUGUAAUAAGGUGGUCCAGGGUAUUUUCUCCUAUGGACAAAACAAUGGGACCCCUCCAGGAGUCUUCAUGAAGGUCUCACACUUCCUGCCCUGGAUAAAGAGAACAAUGAAGCGCCUCUAACAGCAGGCCUGAGGCUGCCCUUCU